GGCGUCGAGCUUGCGGGCGAGCCCGUCCCCGAGGCGCCUGUGUCCGUCAUGUCCUGCGCCUCUCAGAGCAGCAGCGACGAGGGCGUCGAGCUUGCGGGCGAGCCCGUCCCCGAGGCGCCUGGCCCAGGCUUGCGUCGCACCCAGGCUACGGGCAUCUCCUGUUGCCCAGAGUCGCCCAGCUGCUCUUCGGAGGGCGACGGCGGCUUCUCGCUGGGGGGCGCCGCGUCGGAGGAAGACGGCGGGGGCCUCGCGCUUGGUCGCGCCGACGAUGCGGCCGACGCAUGGGACCCCAGCGAGGCCACCCGGCGAUGGUUCGCCAGGGGCGCGGGGCUAAGUGAGCAGAGCCAGGUUCUCAUAGCUAACGUUUUCCAGACUUUGCAGCGCCUGCCGCUUCAAGCCGUUCGGGCUGUGGCAGCGGCAGUGUCAGGGAAGACGCGGGGGGGCCACGUGACCAGUCUGGCUCGGCGGGCCGUGGCGGACUUACUGCACCUGUCGACCAGCCGGGUACAGCGCACCGUCGAGAGCCUUCGUGGACAUGGUUGGGUGCCACGCCCCCCCGCUGUCGAACAGGUGGAGCAGGGCCCGAUCGCGGGCGGCCAGUUACCUGACGAGGCGGCGAUCAUGCGAACGCUCACCCGGGCCGCUCUGUGGACUCGCGCCAGCAACGCCCCGAGCGCAGAAUACCUCCGACUCGUGGCGCGGCUGCGGCUCGAGGGCGUGGCGGUGGGUGACAAGUACCACACGUGCCAGCACGUGGAAGAUGUCACUUUCCUGGCGGCGCGCUGCGUGCGGCAUUUCGAUGCGCUGGACUUUGGGGCUCCUCUGGGCGGCUUGGGGAUACCCAGCUCCUGCGCGCUCCUCAUGGACGGCGUGCCGGUCGGGGGGGCUGGCGCGUGCGGGCGGCACGGCAAUGUCGAGGUGAUAUGCAUGAGUUCCGUGAGCCCGCACACGCACCGACUGCAUUCUUGGCUCGCCAGCUGGUGGGUCCCCUCCGCGGGCCACGGAGGCGACGCCCUAGCGGUCGGAACCCUGCAGGCUUUGGAGCACUCGCCUUUGGCGCUGAAGCUACCCGAGUUGCGAGCGCGGCUGACGCUCGUGGCGGGCGACGGGGCCGUGGUCCGCGGGGGGCCCGACAGGGCGAACCCGGGCACAGGCGCCGCAGAUAUUAUAUGGGGUACUGUCCAUCCCCGGGCUGGCGGGCCCCGAGUCAGCACGGCGCCCGCGCCCGAGCCGCCCGAGACCGCGCUGCCCCGCACGAGCAUCGUGGCCAUCUGCACAGAGUGGGACAAAAUGCAUCGGGAAGACAUCGCCAUGGUGCGCGCGAUUAAAGGGACACCCAUGGCAGAAGAACUUUUCUUGCUCGCCAGCAUGAUGGACAAGAUGUUCCACCUGGGCGAUGGAAGCGUGCUUCUGCGGACAGCGGCGCAGGAGGCCGGCGUGACGACCCUUCGGAGUGCACGAAUGCCGGGCGGCACGCGCAAGGCAGUGGCCUUGACCCGGGAGCCCGGCCACCUCCUCGACAAUUUCCGGGCAUAUGCCAACGGCUUGCGCUUGCGGGACAAGUGGCGCCGCUGCAACAAGACCGCGACGUACAGCGCCAACGCAUUGGUGGACGCAGGUCGGCGACUUACGGCAGUUAAGUUCGUGGUGUUUGCCCUUCUGUUCCACGACUGCAUGCGCCGGGCGGUGGCGCCGUGGACCGCGAUCGUGCAGAGCGACGGCCUCGAGCCGUGGGUCCUGGAGGCGCACAAACGCAGACGCGAGCUAUGUAUGCGCAGAGCCCUUUCCGCGGCGCGGCGGCUGCGAGAGUUCCCCCGCGUCGUUGUGCUACUCUGCCAGCAUGCCACGCCGGGCGAGCGGCGGUGCCUCAUGGAAGCCGCCUUUUACGCCAGGCCGGGCGACUUCUUCCAGCUCGACAACUGCGACGACAGCGCUCGGCACCCGUGGGGGAGGCUGUUCCCUAGAUUUCUGUUGGCGCUGCCCGCGCUCCUGUGCGAGGGCUCGCCCACUUUCCAGAACGUGGAGUUGGUGCGGAUGCCGCGCUGGGUGGCCAACGCGCAGGCAAGCGGGGCCAAGCCGCUUGCCGAUCCCAGGCACGACGGGGAGCGAAGCGGCGCGAACCCGGGGGUGGCGGAGGGCGCCGCCCGGCUCGCGCCCGUCCGCUUCCACUACCGGGACCCCGCGAGCCGGCCGCCCCUCGGCGUGGACAUGACCGGAAAGUUUCGCAAUCGCUUUCGCCAAGUGCAGAUACCAGGAGGUGGGUUGGGUCGGGUGGGUCGCUGCCAAGUGCCGCGCGGGCUGCCGCUCGUCCUCGGCGACGUGGACGCCGGGCUUGCGGCCAUCGAGGGCUACAUUGGGCGCCUGGUGGCGGCGGAGCAGUCCAUCUUCGGCAGCCAGGGUCAGAACGACUCCAUGCGCGUUCUCGUUGCCGCCAUGUGUUCCUGCUUCGACUGGGACCGCCUGGUGUCGACUGUGCCCACGGCCCACGACGUCCGUCAGUUCGGCGUGCUCGCCCACGGUCUGCUACCGUUCCUGCGCCACACGCUCUGGCCGGCUGAGGGAGAAUUCCCUGGGGUGGCGGGGGCCGUGCCAAGGCAGGCGGCGCGCGCCUGGCCCGCCGUGCCGGCCUUGCAGGCGCAGUACGUCCUGCUCAUGCGGAGAGUGCGGACGCGGGCAGGCCAGCCCGGGUCCGGGUGGCGACGCGUGACCGGCUUCGUCGUCGAGCCCGUCCGCUGCUAUCCGUCCGUGCAGCGCUUCGUGUACCUCUGGGCCCAGUCCCGCGGACCUCCGCCUGGGGGACCUCGCCUCGCGUCCGCGACGCUCAUGUGGAUUGCGUCGAAAGUGACUGGUUUCCUGGGUAACGCGUUGGUGCCGAGGCCGGAGCAGCCAGCCGCCCCGUGGGAGCCAAGCAAGCGUUUCGCCGUGUCCUCGAAGGCAUUGGUACCGAUCGGCAGGCGACGCCCCGGGCCCCGGGGCAGUCGUACCAGCCUCGGCGGCUUGGCCCACGCGCUGAUCCCGGGGCGGAGGGGCGGCAUCGUGCACGUCGAGUCCGUGUUGUACGAGAUCGACGGAUCCGCGGUCAGCGCCGCUGUGGACUCUGAUCCAUACUUCGCAACUGGCGGCCGCGCGGCGGCGGACGCGAGCCAGGUAGGCAGCGCCAACGCCUGGCACGCGGUGCGAAUUCACCACCACUGCAGGACCAUGGGCUCGGCGGAAGCUCCCUGCGAGCGAGUGGGCAGCCUAAUGUCCGCGAGGUGGUCGAAGGGCCGCGGCCACAAUCCGGGCGCCCUGAUGGACGAGGUCAUGUUGCACGACGCGAAGGUCACCGUCGUCGGGGGCGCCCGGGACGAAAUGAUUGUGCGGGAAGUGUCGGAUGCCUUGCUUGCGCUUGGAAAGCGGCCGCUGGUGAAGCCCCGGGCGGCGAAGCGCCGCCGGGCCGAGGGGGUGGUGGACUCGCGGCCGAUCGACCGGGCGCGGGCCGAGGCAGAGGACGCGUUGGCAGCCUCUGGCCGGCGCUUCCACAAUCCCGACAUAUUCAGCAGUGACGAGGAUUCUGGGCCGGGCGAAAUGGAGAUAACCCGCGGGUUGGCGUUGGGCGCAGUGGGCGCGGCGCCGCCCGCGCCAGCGUGGGCCGCCCCGUUCAGCCAGCCCAGCGAUGUCGCGGAAGGGAGGAGGGCGCGCCAGGCGGCAGCUCGGCCAGCCAUGCAGCUGCCGCCGGCCGUGCUGGAGGAGAUGCGGCGGGCAACGCCCGACGGGCGCGUGCAGCAACUUCCGCUGUUUGUCCAGGACCCCCGCGUGGCGGCGCGACCCCGCGCUGGUUCUGCAGUGCGCGCCUCCUUGGCGCAGUGGCUGGACAGCGCGGAGGGCCGGCGAUGGCAAAUUGAGCGGCAGGAGCGGUACGAUUGUGCGGCGUAG